CGUGAAUCCAUUUUACGAUGGCGACGGACCUGAGUGCAAGCGCCAUCGGGGGCGUGAGCGCAGGCACGGGCGACUCCACUGUGGGGGCGUCUGGCGGGCCUGAGAAUGCGUAUGAGAAGCUCUCGCGAGAGGUGCAUCAGAUGCAGAUCACGGGCGCCAUCCACACAGACUGGCUGGAGAACCCCAAGGGAUUUCUGCUUAAACCGGACUUCAAGCGUAAGGCGCAGCACGUUGGAGCUGGCGGCAAGAAACUCAACAGCUCGAGACUCUUGAGGCUUCACCUACCGGGUAAUACAUACAGAGUCAGAUGGUUCGUGCUGGACGGGAUGAUCUUACGAUACUUCAAGACGAGCACGGAGGAGCAGGAACUGGGUGCGAUCCACUUGACGUCGGUGAAUGCUGUACUCCCCUCCAGUGUCGCAGACGCUCCAGAACACGCUCUAGAUCUGGUGUGUGCGGAUCGGAUUUAUACCGUAGCAGGAAAUGAUCGAGAGGAUAUGGUGCGCUGGGCUACAGUGCUGACAUUAGUGCUGCGAGGAGAAUAUAAACCCAAGUUGAUGUUGAGACCAGAAUCCUCAAUUAUUCGAGGCAGUUCGGUGAUUCCGAGACCCAGUGCAGUGGCCAGGAAGACAGCUAUGACACAGGCGUCAAGGUUUACGGAUGCCAACGGCAUGCGCAUGACAGGCACGUUGUUGGGAGAUGGAGACUCGAAGAGCCAGGGAGACGACGACGUCAAGGAGAAGAUCAUCACGGUCACAUUCGACCAACCUGGUCCGUUGAAUUUGAUUCUAAGAGGGACAGUGGACGACGAGGUGAUGGUAUGUGGGUUUCAGGACGGAACAGGACCCGGUGGAGAGCUCGGUCCUGCAGAAACUUCGAGUGUUAUUCGAGUGGGGGAUCUGUUGAUUUCGAUCAACAACCACUACUUUACGAACAUUGAGUUCCAACAAGCGGUGGACUUGAUUCGAGCUGCUGGACGACCGCUUACGCUGCGGUUCUCUCGAAUUGACUUCAACACGUCGCCACCUACAGACACCAGUCGUGUUGCAGAAGGCUGGGUGCUAUCCAAGGAGCCAUCGGCUCAUAGAUACCGUAUCCGUAUGUUGCAGCUGCAAGGUGACAAGUUGAAGCUGUACAAGCCCAGUAUGCAGGGCGGAAGGGUAGACGAACCGUGUCUGGUUAUCCGUAUGGAACAAGUGACUGACAUCCGACCUACUAAUGAUACGCGUGAGGUCGUGACGGCGUUUACUCAGUGUCAUCCGAAGCAAUGGGGUGUCACACUUGAAGGAUCACAGAGUAUUUUCACGUUUUACACGAAGAACCGUGAAGACAUGAUGCAGUGGGUGGAUUUACUGAAGAACUCGCCGUUGUUUUCACCCAAGGCUACGAGGUUGUCCAUCCCAGUGCAUCCAGUGGCUGUUGUGGAGUUCGACCCAGUACUGGAGCCCAAGGUGGUUCUGCAAGAUGAUGUGGGCAAGCUGGGCGACUUGCUGUCAACGUUCUCGUGCCACUACUUCCUUCUGCUGGAAGACGGCAAGAUGAUGUACUACGUUAAUGCAGAGUCCGCCUCUACGCGUACCCGUCCGAUCGGCACAAUACGCUGCGAUAACAUCGUCAGCAUCGUGCCAAGUCAGGUCACUGACGACGCGAUGCCAGGGGAUGACUCGAACUCAGAAACUUCGUCUUUUGGAGGAAUCACAGAGGAAAUGAUGCCGUGGCGACUGGAGUUGGGGAUUCUGGUCCAAGGUUCGACGCAGAAGUACCGUCGUCCCUUCAUCAUGUGCUUCGCUACUCAGGAGAAGAUGAUGAAGUGGGGGAUUGCUAUCGGUAAGGAGGCCAAGCGUCUGACUGGACAGGAGUACGAUCUGUCGUCUAUCAGUCGCCGUGCUUCGCGUAGCAACAGCCAAACAUACGCACCUCGUCAUUCCGAGACGCCAAUGACGCGACCGACUAUUUCGCGACUGAUUUCGAACCCAGCCAAGUACGUCGACCCCAAUGUACAAGAGUCGUCGCGACUGUAUCGUAGUCUGAAGGAUGUGACGCUGAAGUCGGCCACGCGUGGAUGGUUCUUUGUCAAGAAGCCGCGAAGUGCGGGACUGAGUGCGUACCACCCGCGGUUCCUCGUUCUUAUCGACAACCAACUGAUGUUUUUCAAGUAUGAAGUGCUCGAGGAAGAAAGCCUGCACUCGUAUGCAAGUAUGCUGAAUCUCCGCAACGUUAAGGACGUCAGAGAAGCCGAGUCCGGUUUCCAGGAGAACCUCGACUUUACGAUUCAACUCACCACUGCCGACGACAUCGUCUGGAUGUUGGUGGCGGAGAGCUAUGCUCAGAAGGAAGCGUGGCUGUCAGCAUUAAUCUGGCUAUCAGACUACUUCUACCGACCAGGUGACAGCAGCGACGACAUCACGACUGCCAUCAAUGACGUAAAGCGAAUUGCACUGAACACUGCAGGUAUUAUGACGUCUAUCCCUGAGUCCGAAGGAUCGAACAGCAUUACCAGCCUAGAUGUGGAUCCGAAGGAAGCAGACCGUCUUGCAGCGGCGGGUAUUGCCAAGGAGAGACUGUCUACCACAGGUCUUGGUGCUAUGCUGACUGACGAUUUCACGGGAAUUGGCGGAGAAAUCCAGAUCGCUGGCAGAAGAGUGUUUGCUGCGAUCUCCAGUGGCGUGUUCCGGUACUACGAUUCACAGAGCGAUUAUGAGAGUGAAUGGGGUGAUGCAAUCGACGCUAUAUCCCUGAAAGAGAUCGAGGAAGUGCAUUCGGACGGGUUGGAUUUGGGCAGCUUUGUGGUUAAAGUGAAAGGUGAGAAGGAGGUGCGAUUGGUCGCUGAGAGCGCGAAGCUGGCCAAGCGUUGGAUGCUCGUCAUGUGCUGUUGUGGCGACCUGGUGCUUAAGAAGGCCCCGCACGCUGACUACUGGGCCAGUACGAAGCCCAAAGAGGCGUGGAUCUGGAAGUUAGACCGGUUGUACCAGGUGUUCCGUCGUCGAUACUUCUCUCUACGCAACCACCAGCUCAUCUUCUACACAGAACAAGGAGGUCGUAUGCUCGGUAUGAUCUCGUUGCCGUGCAUCUUCCACCUUCAGAUGUCUAAAGUGUGGACACGCAGUAAGGACGAGGCAGAUUUCUAUCAAUUGGAAGUGAGUUUCGCAGUCCCCACAGCCGCUGAAGAGAGCUCACGUACAGACCAGAUCGGAGAUUUCUACGCUUUCCUCUUGGCUUUCGAUACGGAAGACCAGCUCAAGGAAUGGGCCAACGCUAUUUACGACUGCUGCACGAACUCAAUGUCGUUAAAGGGCAAUGCAACGCUGUCGCCUCUCGGUGACAUCCAGGUGCUGCCGAAGGAGCUGCUCAAGACCUCGACGUUUGAUCACAGCGACGACGGAUUCUUCAAGACUUCUGGACUGCCCAUUGGACCCAUGAUGCCGUCAAAGCGACCUGUUCCUGAUGCCGCAGUGUCCGCCAGUGAGUUCAGUUCGAGUGGAUGGCUUUACUACCGUACAUCCAAGGAAGAGCGGAUCCGGCUGCGUUACUUUAUGCAGUGGGGCUACGAAUUGUCCAUCUACAAGCACGAAGUGCUGGCUGAUGAGGCGACUGCUAUUCGCUACGGUGUGAUUGACUGCCGUGCGCUUGUGGACGUGCGUUUCGCGUACAUUAACUCGCCAGAAAACGCUGUCGAGCUGAUCCUUGGAUCGGAAACCAGCGUAAUUAUCAUCCCUCGCACGGAUCAAGAAGCUGUCAUGUGGCGUAAUUCUCUACUUGAUGUAAAGCGUGCUUAUGGACAGUUGGAGUCUGGUAAGAACAAGGAGGACACGUUCGGUACUGGCGUGUUCAUCAGUCGUGGCAGCACGUUCUCCACGCACAAGGACAAUGAAGAAUUGCUGCGUCUGCAGAUCGAAUCCGCCGUCAUUUACUCGUCGAAUCUGCAGGACUGGGACGGCCGCAACUGGAUCCCCAAGUAUUUCGUGCUAACCAGUUCGCGCGUGCUCAUGAUGUCGCUGGCGCUGCAUCUUUACGACGAGGAGCCCGAUAUCUUGGGCUCAUUUGCCACCAAGGACAUCGUGGAGGUUCGUGCUUGCAAUGAAAAGGAAGAAGUCGAGACCGGCAACUGCAAGUCCGCUUGUGUCAUUACUCUUCGACCACAGUCCAGUGGCUCGAGCGAUGCGAUUCAAACAGUUCCUGACCGCAUGAUCAUCAAAUGCGACUCCAUUGAUCACUGCUUGGAAUGGAUGCGUCUGCUGUGUAGCAGUAAUGGCAAGCUCGAGCUCAAGAAGAACGCUGCGACGGGCUACUGGGGCAGUGUGAACCGCAUUGCGUCGCUGUCUCGUCACCAGAGCUUCCUCGCCACGGCACCGCUGUCUGCAGCCAUCGCUGCUGCCAACUCGGGCUCUGCCGCAUCUGCGUCUGGAGGCGAACGCACGCGAAGAAUGACUCGCCAGGACGCGGCAAGAAAGCGUACGUCGGAGCUGAUCAUGAACCGCAAGAGCAUGAUGGGGAUGUGAAGCAAGCGAGUAAAUCUUCAUGUAUCUGUGUCAGCCACAAUUCAUUUACACGCUUCCCUUUCGACUCUUAACUUGGUCCAGCAGGUGCAGACCUCUAUGACUCGUUUCUUUC